AUGGCUUUGACUUGUCUUGAAUCGUACAAAAACGAGCAGAAGUUUGAGGAGCAUAUUUGCUUCUUUGGUUAUGGCGAUGAGGACGAGGACCAGUUUAUGAAUAUGGUGAUUGCUCGAUUCCUUCGUGAUGGCAAGAGUCAUGUCACCUUUGCGCAGGGUGGUUAUAGAGGUCUUCACAAUGUUCUGUCGGAAUCGAACCGCCUACGUCUCAUCAACUCUCAUGAUGAAUCCAAAUGUAGAGAAUGUGGAAACGCAUCUGUUGGCAAGAGCUGGAAGAUAAUGGGAAAAAUGAAAGAAGUUGUGAUUUCUAAGUCAGCCGCUGUGAAAGAUAAGGUGAGCGAGUUGGUGACACAAGCAGCUCCCGGAAACGCUCCGAGCAGUGAGGUCAAACACGUGUUGUCGUCGGAUCGUUAUGGGAAAAGGUAA